AUAGAGCUGCUAUUUAGUAUUUAGUAUUAGGCACUAAGAGAAAAUAAAUUUAUAGAUAUCAUGCAUGUGUGAUAAGUUAAAUAACAGAUAAUUUAAAAAUGCAUCUAACAGAUCGAAAAAGACCUUAUAUUUGUGAAGUGUGUGAUAAACGUUUUACAGAAUAUAGCAAUUUAAAAAUACAUCGCAGAAAACAUACAGAAGGAAAACCUUACGUAUGUGAAGUAUGUCAAAAGAGAUUUUCCGAUGCGAAUAAUUUAAAAACGCAUUUAUUAACACAUACCGGAGAGAAACCUCAUAUUUGCGAAAUGUGCAAUAAGAGUUUUAUACACACGGGCGAUUUAAAAAGACAUUUAAGAACACAUACUGGAGAAAGACCCUAUGUGUGUGAAGUUUGUGAUAAAAGAUUUUCAGAUGCAAGUAAUUUGAAAAGACACUUUAGAACGCAUACCGGAGAAAAAUCUUAUGUUUGUAAAGUUUGUGAUAAAAGUUUUGCGUGUAGGAGUACCUUGGAGAGACAUCAAAGAACUCAUACCGGAGAAAAACCUUUUAAUUGUGAGACGUGUGAUAAAACUUUUGCUCACACCGGUGAACUCAAAAGACAUGUUAGGACACAUACCGGCGAAAAGCCUUAUUGUUGUGAGCUUUGCGAUAAAAGCUUUGCACGGAAAAAUACCUUGGAUGUACACCUACGAACGCAUACUGAUGAAAAACCAUAUGUUUGUGAAGUGUGCGAUAAGAGACUUGCGUUUGCUAGUAAUUUGAAAACCCAUUUAAGGACCCACACCGGCGAAAAACCUUAUUCUUGUGAAGUUUGUGAUAAAGGCUUUGCCCACACGGGUGACUUAAAAAGACAUAUGAUAACACAUACCAGAGAAAAGCCUUAUGGUUGUAAACGAUGUGAUAAAAGUUUUACAAACCAGAGUGCCUUAGACAGACAUCUGAGAAUACAUACUGCAGAAAAAUCUUAUGUUUGUGAAGUGUGCGAUAAGAUAUUUUUAGAUCCUAGCGAUUUGAAAAAGCAUUUAAGGACACAUAACAAAGAAAAACCUUAUGUUUGUAAAGUUUGCGAUAAGAAGUUUUCCGUUGCUCGAUAUCUUAAAACGCAUUUAAGGAUACACACCAGAGAAAAACUGUAUGUUUGUGAAGUGUGCGAUAAAAAAUUCUCUGUUGGUCGUUACUUGAAGAUGCACCAAAGAACUCAUAGCGGAGAAAUACCAUUUGUAUGUGAAGUCGUGAUGUCUGUAGGUACCAAUAACCACUGAAUGCCAGAUAGGCGUUACCUGUCUGCCCAUCCAAGGCCAUAAAAAUUCACACAAAUAUUUAAAAAAUAAAUAGUAUAAAAACUAAUUACAGAGACGAUUCUGAAAAAAAGUUGUGCUUACACUUAACUUGGUGAAUGAGAAGCAAGUGAAAGUUCUUUUACGGUGUAGUAGUAUUGUGGUUUUCUUCAUUGUUCAUCCUUAAAAUCAAAUUUCUCUUGUAACAGGAAGAGCUGUGAAUAAGAGAAAUGACCUAUUUUUUUUAUUGCCUUUAUAGGCAGACGAUCAAAGGCCCACCUGAUGGUAAGUGGUUACCGUCGCCCAUGAACUUCAGCAAU